AUGAAUCCCGAGUGCCUCUCCGCCCCGCCAUCAUACGACUACCUCUUCAAGCUGCUCCUCAUCGGAGACUCCGGUGUUGGAAAGUCCUGCUUGCUCCUGCGAUUCGCCGACGACACUUACACCGAGUCCUAUAUUUCCACAAUCGGUGUCGACUUCAAAAUCCGAACGAUCGAGCUCGAUGGCAAGACGGUAAAGCUGCAGAUUUGGGACACCGCAGGGCAAGAGCGUUUCCGAACCAUCACCUCCUCCUACUACCGAGGUGCCCACGGCAUCUGCGUCGUCUACGAUGUCACCGACAUGGAUUCGUUCAACAACGUGAAGCAAUGGCUACAGGAGAUCGACAGAUACGCCACUGAGGGCGUCAACAAGCUCCUCGUCGGAAACAAGAGCGAUAUGGCGGACAAGAAGGUCGUGGACUACACAGUUGCCAAGGAGUUCGCCGACAGCCUGGGCAUCCCCUUCCUCGAGACCUCGGCCAAGAACGCCAGCAACGUCGAGCAGGCUUUCCUGACCAUGGCCCGGCAAAUCAAGGAGCGCAUGGGAACCACAGCCACCAACAACACCAAGCCAAACGUCCAGGUGGGCCCCGGCCAUGGCGUGUCGCCCGGCUCCAGCAACAGCUGCUGCUAA